AUGCCCAGACAUUUGGUGCUAAAGAUUAUUGGUGAGAUUUGUCAGGUAGAACCUCAAUUUAAUUAUCAGUAUGAUGCGCUGAAUAUUAGGGGUCAUAGCCCUGAACAAAAGUUUACUUCGGCUUUGAGGAUUUUAGGAUAUGGCAGACCUCCAGAUUCUAAUGAUGAGUACCUUCAUGUUAGAGAAAUAUUAAAGCAGAAUCAGGAAAGGGGAUUUCUUGGAAUGCUGGUAGUCUUGACUGCAUGCAUUGGGUAUGGACCAGAUGCCCUACCUAUUGAGUCGGACAGUAUAAGGGGAUCUCAAAACGAUAUAAAUGUUUUACACAAGUCGCCUUUGUUUGAAGAUUUAAAGUAUGUAAUCUCUCCUCAGGUAAAUUUCAGUAUCAACGGGAAUCACUACACUCAUGGUUAUUAUCUUGCAGAUGGAAUUUAUCCAAAAUGGUCAACUUUAGGUCAAUGUUACCGUCAGCCACCUGCCGGUGAAAUGGAUCGUUCGUACUCGUAUUUCAAUAGUAAACAAAUGAAUCUGAGAAAGGAUAUGGAACAUGUUUUUGGAAUUCUGAAGCGGAAGUUCGCAAUCGUUUGUGGGCCUUAUCGUGGUUUAAGUGCUCGUGAAAUGCAUAAAACUAUGCUGACUUGCAUCAUUAUGCAUAACAUGGUUAUCCAAGAGACCCGUCGUAAUAAGAAUUGGACUAACCAUCAAGAUGAAGACUUAAGGCCUGAGAUUAUACCAUCUAGAGGAUUACCUGCAAGGAACUAUGCGCAAAUGACCAGUCAUAUUGAGAACAGAACUCUGUAUAACAGGUUAAGGGAAGAUCUCAGAGCGAAUCUGUGGGAUGGGUUUGGAAGAGAUGGGGGACGAAUUGAGUAG